CAUUCGUCACAUAGACAACCCAAAAUGUUUGUAGUAGAUUAAAGUUGUGUUUACGUUUCCUUUCAUAACUACACCAUUUCGUUAAAGGCCUGCAAUAGGUUCUAAAUUUAUAUAAGUAUGAACUACUAGUUGUAAAAGUACGUAGCUUUAAAUAAAGAGUUCAAAAUGUGCGUUGGACCAAUCGCGAGAUUAAAACAUUGGGGUCCAAUUACUGCACUUGGUAUUAUCAAAGUUGUCACCGGCAUGACGGUGCAUUGUGGCACGAUUCUAUGGCCGCCCAACACAGGUCAAGGCCUGCUUCUAACUGCAUCCUUUUUGAUUUUGUCAGGCCUCACACUUUACAAUUUUUUGUCUGCAGUAUUCCAUGGGCCUGGUCAUUUGCCACUUAAAUGGGAACCAAAAGAUGAAAGUGUCAAACAAUUCCUACAGUUUUGUUCAGUUUGUAAAGGAUUUAAAGCUCCAAGAUCACAUCACUGUCAAAAAUGUGGUAGAUGCAUCAUAAAAAUGGACCAUCACUGUCCAUGGAUCAAUAAUUGCGUUGGUUGGGGCAACCAGGCGCACUUUACAUAUUUUUUAAUGUUUGCUGUGAUUGGAUGCAUGCAAGCCACUUGCAUUCUGACCUGUUCCUUAUACAAAGCUUUGUAUUACAACUGGUAUAGAUACUACACACCGGAAGCACCUCGAAUUUAUUUCAGUGCCACCGGGUUGAUUACAUGCGUAACUGCGCUUGGCUUAGCGAUAGGUAUUGUUGUCGCUGUUGGUAUGCUUUUAUUUUUACAAGUUCGUGGAAUACUUCGCAAUAGAACCGGCAUCGAAGAUUGGAUUUUAGACAAAGCAAUUCGACGUCGUGUGAAUUCCAAGGAAAAAUUUACGUAUCCCUACAACCUUGGCUGGUGGCGUAACACCAAACAAGUUUUAAAUUUUAGCGGUUCACCGAUUGGCAACGGUGUGCAUUGGGAAGUUGUAGACGGCUGUGAUCAAUACACAUUAACUAAAGAGCAAUUACUACAAAAAGCCGAGAAAAGAAAACGCACAAAGCUGUAUCACAUCAUCCGGGCAGCUUCUGGUGCUUGGGUGCCGAUUUGUCAAGGAUUCCGUGUGUUUUUAACGCUUCCUUGCUCGGAUGAGCCUAGAAUUAAGUUGGCUGUAGGCGAUCAAGUGAUGGUAACCAGAUGGAAUAAGCAUUGGUUGUUUGGUGAGUUGGUAAGAAAAGAUAUUAGAGAAGGUGAAACAGCUCCACGAAUACGAGGCUGGUUUCCACGGCGAUGCGCCGUGCAAACUGUCGAGGAGGAUUCAGAUAUGAGUAGAAAAAAGAAGUGAUUCAGGGGUAUUCAUCAUGUGACUAAUUUAUCUAGUCCAUUAUUGCUAAAUUAGUACAUUCUUUUUAAUAUUAUCUAUACAGUACAAAUGAUUUAUGGAUAGAAUUCAUAUUUAUAUACAAUUAUGUAUGAAAUAAAACAUUCUUUUUUUUCAUUUCAUAA